AUGGCCUUCGUGCUCUCUCUACUGAUGGCCCUGGUGCUGGUCAGCUACAGCCCGGGAGGAUCCCUGGGUUGUGACCUGUCUCCGAACCACGUGCUGGUUGGCAGGCAGAACCUCAGGCUCCUGGGCCAAAUGAGGAGACUCUCCCCUCGCUUCUGUCUGCAGGACAGAAAAGACUUUGCUUUCCCCCAGGAGAUGGUGGAGGGUGGCCAGCUCCAGGAGGCCCAGGCCAUCUCUGUGCUCCACGAGAUGAUCCAGCAGAGCUUCAACCUCUUCCACACAGAGCGUUCCUCUGCUGCCUGGGACACCACCCUCCUGGAGCAGCUCCACACUGGACUCCAUCAGCAGUUGGACGACCUGGACACCUGCCUGGGGCAGGUGAUGGGAGAGGAAGACUCUGCCCUGGGAAGGACGGGCCCCACACUGGCCGUGAAGAGGUACUUCCAGGGCAUCCAUGUCUACCUGAAAGAGAAGGAAUACAGCGACUGUGCCUGGGAAAUAGUCAGACUGGAAAUCAUGAGAUCUUUGUCUUCAUCAACCAACUUGCAAGAAAGGUUAAGAAUGAUGGAUGGAGACCAGAAUGACCAGGAUGGAGUCAGCUUGACAUGACUCUCACUGACUAAGAUGCCAUGUCAUCCCUGCACACUCAAGUGUAGUCAUUUCGGAAGACUAGUUCUGCUUUAGCCACCAACUUGAUUGAAUUAGUUAGGCCAGUACAUAGUAAUACAGUAUUAGUAAGCAAGUAGAUAUAAAAGUACCCAGCUGCAAGGGUAUCAGUCUAUAAGCAAUGACUGCUUUGA